CAAAACCUUGCAGGUACAUACCAUGACGCACUGUUAGGUGCGGGGUGUUUGGUACAGUGCAUUUCCUGAAUAUAUGCAAAACUGCACUUUGGCAGAGAUCUCUUGAGGGCUCUCCGUGCCUGUCUACGGUUGCUGCCUCGCUGGUUCUUGACUCUUCGUUAGUUUUCUCCACGUGGCCCGCGAGACACGGCUCAUGGACGGACGAACGUCUUACCCACGAAUCCAUUUGAUGUCCGCCGUACAGAGCCUCUUCGAAGACAUGCUACUCACCCUCCUGUCCGAGCCAACCCUCGUAGCCGCCGAAACUGUUCCCGUGCACUGUGUCAAGAGCCGGACUUUACUUGUCUACAUAUACCUCCCGCACAGCCUCUGGAUCGGAUACGCCAUCGCCGUCGCCAUGACACUGUUCUCCAUCGUAAUCGGCAGCCUGGCGAUCUAUCAGAAUGGCGUGGCGAGCGAUACGCUAUUUAGCAGGAUCCUGGUGACGACGAGGAAUCCUACGCUUGAUCGCCUCAGUGUCGGGGCGUGUUUGGGAGGGGACCCGUUUCCGAAGGAGCUUAGAGAGACGAAGUUGAGGUUCGGCGUGUUGAUUGAGGAGGAACCAAGGGAAGGGCCGUUGGGUAGGGUGGAGCAUUGUUGUUUUUGGACGAGGGGCGAGACGGGAGAUAUUGUGAAGGGGAAUGAUUAUGCGGGGUUGAAGACAUCCAGGGUCCGUAUUGAGAUGAGGUCAGUAGAGGAGAAGAGGGGGUUACUGGUCGAUGAUGAGGCAGAUUGAUCAAGCCACAAUAGUGAAUUUUGGGUAGCUGUCAUAAGCGUACAUGCUAUUUGGACAAACUCAUUUGUGCCUCGUAUCUAAUCGGCUUUCUCGUCUUCGCUCUACCCGUCCCCUUCAUGGUCUAGCCAGCCUACAGUGCGUCUAGUCUCCGCUCAAGAGCAAGUUGCCUGUGGCUCCGGCGCCAUUACCGGCGUUGUCGUAAUUAUCACUCGAGUCUUGACCCGUAGCGACGUCGUCCUAUCUUGCAUUUUCAUGGUUGCCCACUGCAGCUUAGUUGUUGCCUGC